UCUAUGCAAGUACCCUAUUUGUGCCGAUGUGUCCAAAUACGAGAAAUUGACCAAGAUGAUACAGGGUACGUUCGGUGAGGUAUUGAAAGCCCGGGACAGACACACGGGUCGAGUGGUGGCAUUGAAACGGGUGCUGACGGACAACGACGAGAGGCAAGGCUUCCCACUCGCGUCGUGUCGUGAGAUCAAAAUACUUGAGCCCUUGAACCACAAGAAUAUCUCGGUCAACACUACGGCCGCUCCUCAGACCACCCGUUCGGUGCGGCCACUUUUUAUUUGGUGCUGGAGUUCUGUGAGCACGACUUGCGCCGAACUACUGGCCAACCGUACGGUCCGUUUCUCGAUGGGAGAGAUCAAGAAAGUGAUGCAACAGCUGUUGAACGCCUUGUUUUCCAUACACUCGCAGAAGAUAUUGCAUCGAGACAUGAAAGCGGCCAACAUUUUGAUCACCAAAAACGUGGUCUUAAAACUGGCCGACUUUGGACUCGCCCGAGCUAUCAGCUCAUGUAAUACAAACAAAAGCUACACCAAUAAAGUGGUCACUCUA